UUGUUGUGUUGAUUUAUUUUCUUCUUGAUCCACUUUCUAUUCUUUGCCACUGUUGUAUUCUGUUUAUAAGUAUUACAUAUUUAUAAAAAAUGGAUACAAAUCUCGCGGAACUCCGUAAGCAAUGCAUGACGAGUCUCUACCUCUGUUCGGACAAUAUCACCAAAUACCUGGAUGAGGAGAAAGAAGAGGAAUUCACGAAGCUGAAGUCCUAUGUAGAGGACUAUUGCAUGUUGGAAGCACAGGAGGAUGUAGCUAAGCAGGCUUUGGCUAAGGCAGAAGAAGAAACAGAUGCGUCAAAUGUGGACUCGCUCCAAGAUAAAUUUAGCCAAUACCUCAUCAGCUUGGCGAACAAGAGGCUCAAUGUAGCUAAGCACCCGUAUAUGCUGGAAAUGACCAAGAGAAUACAGCGAGGCAUGAAGGAAACUAGGAAUAACUUAGAAGAAUCUGACUUAGCUAUCACUGAAUCUGACAAUAGAAUGAUUGAUCCAAUUACGAAGAAGCCAAUAGAGGAUCCGGUACGGAACAGCCUGUGUAACCACGUGUACGAGCGAGCCUCCAUCAUGGAGAUACUGAAGGUCAAUCGGAGGACCAAGUGCCCAGUGGUGGGGUGCGGCAACAAGCAGGCGGUGGACGUCAGCCACCUGGUUUCCGACGAGGAACUGAUGUUCCGGCUCACACUGAACGCUCACUCCACUAUGAUACAGGGCUCCGAUCCUCUCGCUUUGGACGAUACUUUAUAAUCAUACCUGCAUUAAUAGAUAGAAGUCCUAUAAUAUUUACUAUAGCAGCAGUUCUCGAAAAGUUUGCACAAAUGUUAAGGAAAAAGUUAAAUUUGUUUUUAAUAUUCCUAUUUUGUUACCAAGAUAUUUUUGAUGAAUCGAAAUUUUAGUGUUUUAUUUCGUCAUUAAGGUUCUCUAGUAUCUAUAUUUUCUUAAUUAUAACAAUUAUCCUGUAUAUAUCUUACGAAAGUCGACUUAUAUUACUAAAUGUUGGUAACAAAUUAGGAUUUGCUGACGUGACUAUGUACCAUAGAGGAAUAAGUAAAGGAAGAGUUGUAACCCCAUACAUCAGUAAAUGCAAGUUAUUUGUAGUGACAUCUAGCUCAUCCACGCAUCAAUCACGCAUCAACUAGCGUAAAUUAUCAGUACUGCUACUUGUCAAUAGAUGUCGCGACGAACAAGAAGUCUAAUGCUCAACAAUUUUUAGCUAAUAUUACAAUAGUAUUAAUCAGUACUCUGUUUUCAAUUCCUUCUGUUUGAAAUAUAAGUUAUAAAGUGUUUUGAUAUUGCAUUUUUGGCAACGCAGCGCUGGUGGCACCUGGUAUCGAGUAGUAGUACUGAUAAUUUACGCUAUUUGACGCAUGAUUGACGUGCGAUUGUCGCUAGAUGUCACUUCAAAUAACUUGCAUUUACUGAUGUAUGGAGUUACAACUCUUCCCUUACAUAUUCCUCUAUGCUAUGUACAAAGGAUUCGGGAACUGAACUGCUCAUAGAUAGACCAUAGAGGAAUGUAAGGAGUUGUACCUCCAUACAUCAGUAAAUGCAAGUUAUUGGUAGUGACAUCUAGCGUCAAUCACGCGUCAAUCACUUGUCAAAUAGCGUAAAUUAUCAGUGCCACUACUCGACACUAGGUGCCAACAGUGUCGCGUCUGCCAAAAAUGUAAUAUUAAAACAGGAAUUGGAAACAGAGUACUGAUUAAUACUACUGUAAUAUUAGCUAAGGAGACCAAGACCCACAAAGGUAUUGUAGCGCCACAGGAACGAACGAACGAAUAUAGGGACCGUGCGCGUUGGAGAGUCUGCCAUCUAGUGGCUAUAAUGGGAAACCAAAUACUAUCAACCUGUCACUUUGCUUUGUCACGGAAAUAUUUUGUAUUCAUAAUAUUUGCUAAAAUAGGGAAUAAUAGGACGUUAAAAUGAAUUGUUGUGUGUCCUAGCACAAUGCGGGGCAACCAGCAUAAAGUGAAAAAUAUAAAAUUUUAUAGCAUUCCAGCUGAAAGCACUUUCGUACCUUGGACUCGUGAAAAGCGAAAUUUAUGGAUAAAUGCAAUAAAGAAACAUGCGUAAGUAUGAUCAAUACUUGAAUUAUAACGCUUAUAUUUGAAUUGUGAUAAUCAUCAUUAGUAAACAAUAAAACAAUAGAUACAGGCUUCAAGCAUCUCCAGGUUUCAAAGCAUACGAGGUAAAGUUUCUGGCGGGAUGAUUAAGAACUGCCGUCGGUUGCAGUCGCAAAUACAGUUCUGUUAUUACUGUUAACAAUAACAUACUUACUGUAAUUUGGGCUUCAUAAACAUUAGAAAUCCUCGUUUGGGCUACGAUUCAUCCACUAAUUUUGGAUGUUUUGUCGACGUUGAUUUUCUCAGUCACAUCUAAAACGUGGCCCGCCUGAAAUAAUUUGAGCCCUUUGACGUUGUUCUGACCGCGCUCGAUGUCGCUCUUCAUGGGAACAAAGCCGUACUUUAUUAUUUUAAUCAUAAUUUUAUUACCUCUAUUUACUCAUGUUUUUCAGUUUGUAAUACGUGACCGCAGUUUGACAGAUAAGUUUUUGCUUUUCAUUUUAUCCGCGCAGUGUCGCUUUAGUCGGCCAGUGCUGCUCUCUAUAGUUCUUUCACGUUCUCUAUUAGUUAAAAAUUGUUGAGCAUUAGACUUUUUGUUCGUCGCGACAUCUAUUGACGAGUAGCAGUACUGAUAAUUUACGCUAGUUGACGCGUGAAUGACGCUAGAUGUCACUACAAAUAACUUUUAUUUAUUGAUGUAUGGAGUUACAAAUCUUUCCAUACUUGUACCUCUAUGCUAUAAGCUGAGUUUAGACGUGCAAGUUAUUGCUGCAACUUUCGAUUUGGUUUCGAUUGGUCUAAACUCAGCUAUAGACGGUCAACCAAAUCUUGGCACUAAAAUGGCGGCAAAUUUAAAAAAGGUAGGGCUCAUCGGCCAAUCGACUUCACAAAGUUGACGGAAUCAUCAAUCAUCUGUGUAAGGAUGUCCUAUAAUUUUUAUUUAAUAUCACUUACAAACACUUACAAAUUGAUUGAAAAUGUAGAGGCGAAGGUAUAC